CAGAGCGCAGUCGUCGCGGACAUUUCAACAUGGACUGACGAAUCCGCGCAGAGAUUAGCAGCCGGAGAAUGAAGCGCUUGACGUGUCUCAUCUGAAAGACGCAUUUCGCUAUAUCCUCUCUUCGAUCUGCAACUAGAUCGCUCAAGUCUCCUCUCACUGACCCAUUCAGAAGAGGCUUCGAAAGGCGGACAUUGCGCCAAGACGCGAGAGGAAGCUUGCACCAGCGCGAACGAGAGAGCUGCACAUAUCUGGAUCAAGCCCUCAUCGUCCGACGCACCGACGGGCAAGAUCAACAUCGACACGAGGAGGUGCUACAUUUGGGUCGGUCCGCUGGCUUGAAGGUGCAGCGCAUAGCGCACAAAGCGUGUCACCGCCUCUUGUGAAGCGCAGCGCGGACUGUUGGAAAAUGGCUUCGCAGGAUGCAAUGCCGUCCUUUUCCACCUCGGAGGAAGAGAUCCGAUGGCUCAAGAACAAGGUGGCAGAGCUGAACGAUGCUCUGGGAGACUUGCAAACGGAGCUGGCUGACUUUGCGGAGAGCAGCAAGGAAGUGGAGAAGGAGAUGGACAGGGAAUUGCAGGAUGCUUACAAGAGAGAAAAGGAUGCGCGUAUACAGGCGGAAAAGUCCCAGAGUGUGGUCGAGGAUUGGAAGGCAAAAUAUCAAAGUGCGCUGGCAGAGCACAAUCGUUAUCACGCGGAGACUGAAAAGGAAACGGCAAUGGUCAAGGAGCAGUUGAAGAGGUACAAAGCAACAAUUCGCGACAUGGAGGUCAGCAAUGAGGAACUGGAGAAUGCAGAGCGUAUGAUCGCGUCCUCGUUGCACGAGCGGGAAGCCAACUACAACAGAGCCCUAGAGCGCACAGUUCUGUUGGAGGAGGAGCUCAUCGCCAAGGGCCGUCUCGAAGAUGAUAAUCAAAGACUCAAAGACGAGAUUCAAGAUCUGAGUGAAGAGCUCGGAAUAGCGCGAGAGAAGCUUAAGGAAGUACAAGCACAAAAUGCCGCGUCAAGCAGGGCAGUGUCACGCGCAGGCAGAGAGACUCCUGUCGAAGGCUCUAGCAAGCCUAACGGUGACAUGAGCAUCGCCGAGCUGAUGUCCAAGCCGCGACCGAGCACUUCGACGUCAGUGGCCAGCUCUACUUCUAGACCCUCCUCGCGCGUCAACGAGCGCUUGUCUCCGAUCCAAGGAUCCGUCAACACUCGCCUCCCUUCCGGUGCUCCGCUUGGACCGCCAGCAAGCAGCGCAAAGCUGAGAGGUACCGUCACUGGACACGCGCGACGGUCGAGUCGGGACAUUGGCGCCACCGGCGGCGAAGAUAGCCCUAGCUUGCGGGCAUCGCGGUUGAGACGAGAUCUGCCCGCCACAUCGCGGGUCGGCUUCACACCUGCCAGAACACGCGUUGGAAGCACGAGAGUUUCAAGCACAGCCGAGAACCCGACGGGCAGCAGUAGCAAGGGAAUGAUGCAGGCCAUGCAAGCCAGGAUGAAAGCGCUCGACAGCCGCAUCAGUUCAGCGAGGAGCAUGAGCAAGGUAGCGCCGGCUAGUGAGCUUGAUAGAAGUGCCAUUCCCCGACCUUCGAGCAGAUUGGGUGAGAGUAGAGGUCCAGGUGGUCUUAGCUCGCCGGGUCCCUACACUACACCUGCGCCCGUCCGAACCAGUCGCGCUAGCUUCGAUGGACGAGGAUCGCAGAGCGGCAUUCCAGUACCGCCAACAGGCUUGUCCAAAUCCACAGCGCGCCGACCCGGUUCGCGGCUCUCGCAAGCGCCAGGCGGUCCUGCAGCGGACUCGCCUCCGCUGCACACCAUCCCAUUGCCUCACUCUAUCACCCCACUUCAAAGACCAUCGAGCCAGAGCGGACAUAAUCACAACAACGACUUGGACUUGCUCGACAGUGCUCCAGAGGCCAAGACGCCACCAGGUACCGCAGCUCGAGUGCGUCGGGUCAGCACGACAACCAGACCGGGUGGGGCAAGUGCCUCUGUACGGCCCAGGGGGAGCACUCUUGCCUCCGCAUCUGGUGCAAUCCCAAGACCUUCUUCAACAACAGCGACAGAAGAGGGUGCCAACAUUUUGCCAGAGUCUUCCGCCCGCGUCAGGCAGCACGGAUCUAGGCCUGCGAGCGGGGCGAUGGGCUCGGGUCCUCCCGUCAGCUGGAACAACACUGCUGGACGUACGCGCAGCGGUUCUUUUGGUCAGCGAUGAGAGUAACGCGACCACGAGCUUCAUAUCUUCUCUUCCUUGGCCCCUCAACUUUGUCACCGAGACCGGGAUCUUGUGCUUACAGCUUGAAUCGCGCGCUGAGCAGCAAUGUUCCACGCAACGAUGUGCAACUAUGUACUUUUAGCCGCGGAUUUACAGACUUGGCACCAGCCAGCAAUC